AUGUCUGGCCGAAGUGGCGUUGGACAUAACCGAGGAGCUACUUUGGGUCCACAACCCCUCAAGGCUACUGUUCCCUAUCAGCUGGCCAGCAAGCCUCGACCUAACCGGAGAGAUGGAAAGUCAGCUGGGAAGCCCAAACCGCACCAGCUGAGCUCUGGCAUGAGGCGGACGAUGUCUCUAGAUGCCAUCAUCGGGCCGUACCUGCAGGGACACUGGCCCAAAGAACCAGAGAGCCAGAGCAGCCUGUCGCGCAAAGACCAGUCCACCCAGACCCCAGACUCAUGGUCAGAUAAAUCCCAGAGCAGGAGAGGUAGCAGCAGCCACAAGCGAUCGGCAUCAUGGGGCACCGCUGAGCAUCUGCGAGAGAUCGCUAAACUAAAACAACAGCUGCAGCAGCGCAGCAAACCUGCAGUCUCGGGGGGGCAUGACAAAGACCGCCAGCGUGGAUAUCCUCAGGGGAGCGGUAGCCUAGGAACUACUCGGACUCAGCCAGUUCCCAUCCCCCUUGCUCCCCUGUCUACACUGGUCCCUCGACUGCGCUGCAGUGUGGAGGGCCUCAACCAGGAGCUGGAAGGCAUGUUCAUCUGCCAGCCAUUGCAUCCUCAGCAGAGGCUCCUUGAGGUUCCAGACGGUCACCGGGCUCCAGUCCCUCUGCAGAGCUGCAGCAGUGGAUCUCAGAGUGACCCUGCCACCACACCCCUGACCUCAUCAUCAUCAUCCUCCUCCUCCUCCUCCUCCUCCUCACCCAGCUCCUCUCCCACAAACCUCUCCACCUCCCCACCCAACUAUGAAGACGCACCUGUGGAUUUGCACCAAGGUUUGAUAGACAGUGCAGAGAUGUGCCUCCUGUCUCCAUUCCUCUACCAGAAUGAGGCUGACCUCUCCCUGCCUCUGCUGAUGUCCUCCUCACCAGGGCCCAAUAAAAGUUGCUGCUUCCAGAGAGAGCCUCCAGAGGGCUGUGAAAAGGUCCGAGUCUGGGAGGAAACCAGCACCCCACGCCACCCCAAGUCAGCCCUCAUCUCCUCCUGCCCAGACCCCAACAAGGUGAACUUCACCCCCCAUGGGGGCUCAGCCUUCUGCCCGGUCAGCCUCCUCAAGCCCCUGCUCCCCUCCAUGGACCUGUUGUUCCGCAGCCUUGCCGUCUCUCCAGCGGGCAGUUGCUCGAGCCAGGGAACGAGCUCCUGCCAGGCAACGUCCUCUGGCAACCGGGCUGCUCCACCAGAUCCUCCCGCCACGACCGCUGUCAGGGGAGAAAGCUCUGGGGAGGGCCUCGCUUUCUGAUCACAGCUGCAGAUCUCUUUGUGUGAAUGCAAAUAUUUCAGUGGUCUGGGACACAUUCGUUGAUGUUGCUUUGUUUUCAGAAUGGACCAUUUCUUUUCUAUACAGGUUUGAAAUAAUCUUAUGUUGAAAAAUAGUAAUAUUGAGGAAGAAAAAAAAUUAUUAAUAUCGUACGCAAUGCAAUGGAUAUGCUUUACGAGCUACUUGUUUUGGGUGUCUGGCCAUUGUGAUGUUUCUAAAUCAAGGCAUUUCUGUCAUUUCAUAAUCCAAAGAUAUAUAUUUUUGGCCAAACACAAGUGUGAGAGACGAGGCAGUCUUAUUCUACUCUUAACUCUACCUGAAAUGUGAUUUGUUGGAUGACUGACCUGACUGCUCACGUGUUUUUUUGUUUUUUUUCUCUUUCCCCAAAGAAGCCAUGACACACUGGUUUUUAAAGUCUCACUGCAGUGUGUCCUCUCUGUCCAAAAUGUUGUUAGGAGUCUGGGUCAAGGAAGGAAACCCCCUGUUGGAUAAGUUUGCUUGUUUUUAAGUAUACAAAGAUAUUUAUCUGCAAUUCUUUUUACCUAACUUGACCUUGCACCUGUUGCUGUACACGACAAAUCAGUUGGUUACUUCUUAUUUACCUGAUUUAAAAAGGAGAAAAAAAGAAACUCCACAAAAUGAAAUCCCAUUUUGAUAAUUUUUGAAUGAAGGGAUUUUUCCCAGUUGUUGGACUUGGGUAGCAUCAAUACCUAAAUGCUUUAGCUAAUGCAUUCCUGCUUUAAAAUUGUACAGAUGUUAUUUUUGUUAUCUUGUUUACUUGCGACAAAAAAAAAUUUGUGCAUGUGUUAAUGGAUAAAAAAAACAAAAACCUGUUA